AUGUCGGCUUAUGGACGAGUUCGCUCCGUUAUGUCCGAGGCGUGGAAACCACAGACCAGUGUGGUGGCGNAUUAUCGAAUGUAUGGCACACAUCAGGCAUGGUGUCAAUACAAGACGGCUCGAAAUAAGGCGCAGGCUCUGCAACGAGAAGGAAAGUAUAUCUACGAAAGGAACCUGGCACAGCACAUUAAGCAUAAUCCCAAAAGGUUUUAUGCCUACGUGCAAGCGAACAAAAAUAUAAAAGAAAGUAUGGGCAGUUUGGAGGUGAGUGGAGGUAGCUUGGCUACAUCAGACCAAGACGAGGCAAUCCCCUUUUAG